CUCUCAUCUUGCUUUUAUUUAUUCCCUACCAGAUUUAUAGUGAACACCUGUCUCACUCCAGUCGCUCUCUACAACACCCCUCAGUUCCACGCCCGCACACCAAUCUCCCCCCUCUAUCCCCGCCGCCCCGCCUCUCCGCACCGCUUUCUUAACAACCAUCGAAAAAAUGUUCACCAAGACCUUUACCGCCCUCUCCCUCGCUGCUUUGGCCGCCAACGCCAUCAUCGCCCCCACCUCCCCCGACAGUUCCACCUCCGUCAAGGUCGGCGAGGAUAUUGAGGCGCUUUGGACUGUGGACUCUGUCGAUGACUGGAGCAACGUCGAGAUCCAGUUGAUGACUGGUUCCAACCUUGCUAUGGUUGCCCUUGCCACCGUCGCCACUGGUAUCGACGGUACUUCCGCUUCUUCUUACACCUUCACGGCGCCGGACGUCAGCCCUUACUCCAAAAUCUACUUCUUGCAGUUCACCAACGGCGGUGACAUGAGCAACGUUACUUGGACCACCCGAUUCACCAUUGCUGGCAGUGAUGGAUCUACCACCGACCCUACCAACACCACCGACUCUGUCGAGUGGGGUACUGGUACCCUCCUCACCACUAUCUCCAACUCCACCUCUUCCUCUACCGACUCUUCCUCUGCAUCUUCCUCUGCAUCUGCCUCGGCUUCGACAUCUUCUGUCGCUUCCGCCGCUGCCGACGUCGCGUCCACCUCUUCUGAGGCUGCGUCUAGCUCUGCGGCUUCUUCCGGCUCUUCCUCCUCCUCCACCGCCUCUGCUUCUUCCGCCAACGCUUCCUCCUCUUCGUCUACUUCUGCCGCUGGCAAGCUUGAGGUCGGUGUGGUCGCUGCCCUCUUGGGCGGUGUUGCUGCUCUUGCCUCUCUCUUCUAAGCUCCCGAGCUUGAAGGUUUGUGAGCAGGGAGAGAGCGCUGUGUAUGGGAGCGAGGGAAGAUCGCUGGAGAAACGUGCAUGGAUGGUGUAGGGGAGAUAAUGUGGACAUUGGAACGUGGUGUUUACGAGACUGGUCAUGUGAUAUUUGUUAUGCUGUCUGACAGAAUUCUUGGUCUAAUCCCUUCCCAUACUCUUUAACUUUCUGAUCGUACAUAGCAUUGGCUGCCUUCGUUGCUUCGUUUGAGCUUAUGCAAUUGUAUAAUUUCCGC